CGACUAACCUCCACCGGGCUCCAGAAGUGGCUGAAAAGAAUAGAAAUUGGCCGAAUAGAUGCCAGGGUGGCAAACUAGUCUGCUUGAAGAUUUCUAGUCCGGUCAUAAGGAGGUCAUGUCACAGCUGCCGUGAAUACAUCAACGGUAAUGGCGCGCGCUGAUUGGGUAGAAGGAAACGGAUGAAGCCUGUUGUUGUCGGAGUCAAGGGGUGAAAAUGGCCGAGGGAACUAGCAGCGGCAGCGCCAUCAAAACUCAGCUUUUUGUCCUCAACGUCGUGUUGUGGCUGGCAGGCGGUGUCCUGUUUGCAGUAGGGAUCUGGCUGUUGUAUGAUCCAGAGAUCGCCCAGGUGGUGUCUGCAGAGCUGCACCUGACCUGGUUCUACCAUGCCUGUUACGCCAUGGUCGUGGCAGGGGCCAUCACCAUCCUGGUAGCCUGUGUGGGCUGCUACGGGGCUAUGAAGGAAAGCAAGCUCAUAGUGAUCGUGUUUGGAGUCCUGUUGUUCAUUGUGUUUGCCUUAAACGUGGGAGCCGUUAUUGUGGGCGUUAAGUACUACAGAGAGGUACGCGGUUACACGCGUGAUUCCUUCCAAGAUGCGAUGCCCCGUGGGUACAUUGAAGACAAAGACUACAGAUUCAAGGAUGACGUGAAGAUAAUCGAAAACAAGUUCUCGUGCUGCGGACUGAGAGAUAUGAACAACCACGGCGUACCGUGCCUGCAGGACUCGUGUUUGUGUGACUCCAACAUCCGACAGGACUGCAAGAACUACACAACCUGGGGCGGCACCUGCCAGAUUUAUCCAGAGCCAUGCAUGUAUGCUGUGUCAUCGUUUCUCAAGAAUAAGAUCACUGCAAUGAUAGCUCUGCCACUGAUCGUUGCUUUUAUACAGCUAUGUGGCAUCUGUUUUGUCUGUACGACACAGAGGAAGAUGGGUGAGAAUGUGGCCUAGUGCAGUGUAGUUUAUAUAUACAGUAUAGCCUCUACCUGAGGCUUCAGUUGGAUGGAAAGAGUAGAAAUUGGCCAAAUGGACACAUAACAUGCCA